CAUAGAAACUGGAUUGAUAUGUGAGGAAUCAAAAUCAAAUCUUGGAAAAAUUCUUCUGCUUUCCUGGCCUCUUUCGUGUUGAUUAAGUUUUCGUACUUGGAUUCUGUUUCUUCUUUAUUUGAAUAGUGGCUGAAGACAAGGAUUUGGGAUUAGUGCACAUUUAGGGCUCGAAAAUUCUUCUUGGCUUCCAAUCUUCUUAUUUUUGAGAAAAUUAUAAUGGCCGUGGCUUGCAAGCGAUUGGCACAAUUGAGAAUGAGUUCGGGGAUUUCGUGCUUUGGGGCCUCAAAGUCGUCUUCUUCGAACUCAAGUCUCCGAUCAUUUUCCCAAUUGUUGAAAUCAAAUGGACGACGCUUUUUCUUCGUUGACACAUUAACCCUUACCCAAGAGUCCAGCUUAUCCAAAUUGAAAGCAGAAGUGCAGAGCUCAAAGAUGCAAUUGCUACAUGAUAUUGGGAAACUAAGGACUACCAUGAGGAAGAAUUCCAGUGAAUCAAGGUAUAAGAAAUCUGAAUUCGCUGUUGAUCUCGAGAAACGGUGGAAAGCAGCACAAUAUGAUGUUAUGAAAUAUUGCAUAGGAACCUUUGUUUUAACAUGGGGCAUUGGACUUACUGUUCUUCAGCAUCUUGAAUCAACCAGGAGUGGAUAGUUGCUAAGAUGAAUAAGGCUUCACUUGAUGGAGAAGAGAAAUGUCAAUUGAAGAAGUUUUUUUAUGUUGGGUCGUGCAAUACUGCAAUUAUGCAAUUUUAAGUUUAUGUUAUGUAUAUUUAAGUUGGUUUAGUUUGCAAUUUGUGUUGCACUUUGGAGUGUUGGUAUAUUAAAAUAGGUAUUAUUAUUACUUGUUUGU